AUGGGGAUCGUCGAUCGCAUCAAGGAGAUCGAGGAUGAGAUGAAACGGACGCAGAUUAACAAGGCCACGGAGGGCCAUCUUGGUCGUCUGAAGGCCAAGCUUGCGAAGCUGCGGACGGAGCUUCUUGAUGAAGGAAAGUCGAGUGGCGGUGGAGGCGAAGGCUUCGAUGUGGCCAAAAGUGGCGAUGGACGCGUUGCCUUGAUCGGAUUUCCUAGUGUGGGAAAGUCGACGAUGUUGAGUCAACUGACGGAGACGCAAUCAGAGACGAACGCUGUAGAGUUUACGACACUCACCUGUAUUCCAGGCAAUCUACUGUACAAUGACGUCCGCAUCCAGCUGCUGGAUCUUCCGGGUAUUAUCGAAGGUGCCGCUCACGGUCGAGGACGUGGACGAGAAGUCAUUGCUGUGGCCAAGUCGGCUGAUAUGAUUCUGAUGGUGCUGGAUGCUGGUCGAGAGGCUGGCAACCGUCAUCGUGAGAUUCUGGAGAACGAAUUGGAGACUGUUGGUCUGCGUCUCAACCGUCUGCCGCCUGAUAUUUACUUCCGGAAGAAGAAUGGCGGUGGCAUCACGUUCAACAGCACCCUUCGUCUAACCAAGCUUGGCGACGAUCCGUAUCAGACGGUGUACAAGAUCUUACACGAGUACAAGAUUCACAAUUGUGAGGUUUUGUUCCGUGAAGACUGCACGACGGACGACUUUAUCGAUGUGAUCGAAGGCAACCGAAAGUAUGUGAAGUGCUUGUACGUGUAUAACAAGAUCGACGUGGUGUCAAUUGAAGAUGUGGACCGACUGGCGCGUAUGCCCAACUCGACUGUAAUUGCCUGCGCCCACGGUGAUCGCCCUGCGCUGAACUUUGACACGCUUCUGGCCAAGAUGUGGGACUACAUGGGGUUGACACGCGUUUACACCAAACGUCGUGGAGAGACCCCUCAAUUCGAGGAACUGGUCGUCCUAGGCUCGGAGCGAAAAGGUGUCAGCGUUCAGUCAGCGUGUAUGUCGAUCUCGAAGGACAUGCUGGACAACUUCAACUACGCAUUGGUGUGGGGAACUAGCACGAAGUACAAUCCGCAACGUGUUGGCAAGGAGCACAUGCUAAACGAUGAGGAUGUGCUGCAGGUCAUCGUAAAGACAGCUAACCAGCAAAAGCGUGACAAGAACUACAACCAGAAGGUGCAGGCGUACUUCGACAAGUACAAGAAGAAGAAGAAAGCGCUCAAGACAUGA